UUUGUCUCUCCAGGAUUCUCUUCAACAUCCAUCACUGCAGAAAAACUCCAGCAAGAACUUCAGAUCCCUCCACCUCAGAGACAUCGAGAUCCAAGAUGAUGUGGUUCCUCUUCCUGUUUGGUCUGGCUCUGGCUGCUGAGCCUCCUUCAGAUGGACAGGAACUGAAGCUGCUGCGUGGCAGCUGCCCCUUGUUCUGGUUCAGCUUCGAGGGUCGCUGCUACAAGUACUUUGGCUCAAGAGUGACCUGGGGAGAAGCAGAGCUCCAAUGUGUGUCUGAAGGAGCCAACCUGGUUUCCAUCCACAGCCUAAAUGAACUCAAUUUUGUCAAUUUUCUGAUCAAGAACUUUGAUCCUACUCAGUCAUGGACCUGGAUUGGACUCACUGACAUGCAUAAGGAAGGAGGGUGGAUAUGGUCCGAUGGGUCUAAAUACAAAUUUUCCCUUUGGACUUCUGGACAGCCUGACAAUGCUGGUGGAAAUGAACACUGUGUUCACACCAACUACGGAAGCAAUUUUUACUUCAAUGAUCGUUUGUGCUUCACUCAGUUAGCUUUUGUCUGUGCAACUCGUACAGUUUGUCCCUAAACACAAAACAAUUAUAAAGGAAAAAAUCUUAAUUGUGUUGCAUUUCUUGAUGAUUUUUCUGUUUAGAUUCAACUGGUUUUGUUUUCAACAA